AUGAAAGGAUAUUUUAAUAUAUAUUUUUUAAUUCCUUUAAUUUUUUUAUAUAAUGUAAUAAGAAUAAAUGAAUCAAUUAUAGGUAGAACACUUUAUAAUAGACAAGAUGAAUCAUCAGAUAUUUCAAGGGUAAAUUCACCCGAAUUAAAUAAUAAUCAUAAAACUAAUAUAUAUGAUUCAGAUUACGAAGAUGUAAAUAAUAAAUUAAUAAACAGUUUUGUAGAAAAUAAAAGUGUGAAAAAAAAAAGGUCUUUAAGUUUUAUAAAUAAUAAAACAAAAUCAUAUGAUAUAAUUCCACCUUCAUAUUCAUAUAGGAAUGAUAAAUUUAAUUCACUUUCCGAAAAUGAAGAUAAUUCUGGAAAUACAAAUAGUAAUAAUUUCGCAAAUACUUCUGAAAUAUCUAUUGGAAAGGAUAAUAAACAAUAUACGUUUAUACAGAAACGUACUCAUUUGUUUGCUUGUGGAAUAAAAAGAAAAUCAAUAAAAUGGAUAUGUCGAGAAAACAGUGAGAAAAUUACUGUAUGUGUUCCUGAUAGAAAAAUACAACUAUGUAUUGCAAAUUUUUUAAACUCACGUUUAGAAACAAUGGAAAAGUUUAAAGAAAUAUUUUUAAUUUCUGUUAAUACAGAAGCAAAAUUAUUAUAUAACAAAAAUGAAGGAAAAGAUCCCUCAAUAUUUUGUAAUGAAUUAAGAAAUAGUUUUUCAGAUUUUAGAAAUUCAUUUAUAGGUGAUGAUAUGGAUUUUGGUGGUAAUACAGAUAGAGUCAAAGGAUAUAUUAAUAAGAAGUUCUCCGAUUAUUAUAAGGAAAAAAAUGUUGAAAAAUUAAAUAAUAUCAAAAAAGAAUGGUGGGAAAAAAAUAAAGCAAAUUUGUGGAAUCACAUGAUAGUAAAUCAUAAAGGAAACAUAAGUAAAGAAUGUGCCAUAAUUCCCGCGGAAGAACCUCAAAUUAAUCUAUGGAUAAAAGAAUGGAAUGAAAACUUCUUGAUGGAAAAGAAGAGAUUGUUUUUAAAUAUAAAAGAUAAGUGUGUUGAAAACAAAAAAUAUGAAGCAUGUUUUGGUGGAUGUAGGCUUCCAUGUUCUUCAUAUACAUCAUUUAUGAAAAAAAGUAAAACACAAAUGGAGGUUUUGACGAACUUGUAUAAAAAGAAAAAUUCAGGAGUGGAUAAAAAUAAUUUUCUGAAUGAUCUUUUUAAAAAAAAUAAUAAAAAUGAUUUAGAUGAUUUUUUCAAAAAUGAAAAGGAAUAUGAUGAUUUAUGUGAUUGCAGAUAUACUGCUACUAUUAUUAAAAGUUUUCUAAAUGGUCCUGCUAAAAAUGAUGUAGAUAUUGCAUCACAAAUUAAUGUUAAUGAUCUUCGAGGGUUUGGAUGUAAUUAUAAAAGUAAUAAUGAAAAAAGUUGGAAUUGUACUGGAACAUUUACGAACAAAUUUCCUGGUACAUGUGAACCCCCCAGAAGACAAACUUUAUGUCUUGGACGUACAUAUCUUUUACAUCGUGGUCAUGAGGAAGAUUAUAAGGAACAUUUACUUGGAGCUUCAAUAUAUGAGGCGCAAUUAUUAAAAUAUAAAUAUAAGGAAAAGGAUGAAAAUGCAUUGUGUAGUAUAAUACAAAAUAGUUAUGCAGAUUUGGCAGAUAUUAUCAAGGGAUCGGAUAUAAUAAAAGAUUAUUAUGGUAAAAAAAUGGAAGAAAAUUUAAAUAAAGUAAACAAAGAUAAAAAACGUAAUGAAGAAUCUUUGAAGAUUUUUCGUGAAAAAUGGUGGGAUGAAAACAAGGAGAAUGUAUGGAAAGUAAUGUCAGCAGUACUUAAAAAUAAGGAAACGUGUAAAGAUUAUGAUAAGUUUCAAAAGAUUCCUCAAUUUUUAAGAUGGUUUAAGGAAUGGGGAGACGAUUUUUGUGAGAAAAGAAAAGAGAAAAUAUAUUCAUUUGAGUCAUUUAAGGUAGAAUGUAAGAAAAAAGAUUGUGAUGAAAAUACAUGUAAAAAUAAAUGUAGUGAAUAUAAAAAAUGGAUAGAUUUGAAAAAAAGUGAAUAUGAGAAACAAGUUGAUAAAUACACAAAAGAUAAAAAUAAAAAGAUGUAUGAUAAUAUUGAUGAAGUAAAAAAUAAAGAAGCCAAUGUUUACUUAAAAGAAAAAUCCAAAGAAUGUAAAGAUGUAAAUUUCGAUGAUAAAAUUUUUAAUGAGAGUCCAAAUGAAUAUGAAGAUAUGUGUAAAAAAUGUGAUGAAAUAAAAUAUUUAAAUGAAAUUAAAUAUCCUAAAACAAAACACGAUAUAUAUGAUAUAGAUACAUUUUCAGAUACUUUUGGUGAUGGAACGCCAAUAAGUAUUAAUGCAAAUAUAAAUGAACAACAAAGUGGGAAGGAUACCUCAAAUACUGGAAAUAGUGAAACAUCAGAUUCACCGGUUAGUCAUGAACCAGAAAGUGAUGCUGCAAUUAAUGUAGAAAAGUUAAGUGGUGAUGAAAGUUCAAGUGAAACAAGAGGAAUAUUAGAUAUUAAUGAUCCAAGUGUUACGAACAAUGUCAAUGAAGUUCAUGAUGCUUCAAAUACACAAGGUAGUGUUUCAAAUACUUCUGAUAUAACGAAUGGACAUUCGGAAAGUUCCCUGAAUAGAACAACGAAUGCACAAGAUAUUAAAAUAGGCCGUUCAGGAAAUGAACAAAGUGAUAAUCAAGAAAAUAGUUCACAUUCUAGUGAUAAUUCAGGUUCUUUGACAAUCGGACAAGUUCCUUCAGAGGAUAAUACCCAAAAUACAUAUGAUUCACAAAACCCUCAUAGAGAUACACCUAAUGCAUUAGCAUCUUUACCAUCAGAUGAUAAAAUUAAUGAAAUAGAGGGUUUCGAUUCUAGUAGAGAUAGUGAAAAUGGUAGGGGUGAUACAACAUCAAAUACUCAUGAUGUACGUCGUACGAAUAUAGUAAGUGAGAGACGUGUGAAUAGCCAUGAUUUUAUUAGAAACGGAAUGGCGAAUAACAAUGCACAUCAUCAAUAUAUAACGCAAAUUGAGAAUAAUGGAAUCAUAAGAGGACAAGAGGAAAGUGCGGGGAAUAGUGUUAAUUAUAAAGAUAAUCCAAAGAGGAGUAAUUUUUCCUCCGAAAAUGAUCAUAAGAAAAAUAUACAGGAAUAUAAUUCUAGAGAUACUAAAAGAGUAAGGGAGGAAAUAAUUAAAUUAUCGAAGCAAAAUAAAUGCAACAAUGAAUAUUCCAUGGAAUAUUGUACCUAUUCUGACGAAAGGAAUAGUUCACCGGGUCCUUGUUCUAGAGAAGAAAGAAAGAAAUUAUGUUGUCAGAUUUCAGAUUAUUGUUUAAAAUAUUUUAACUUUUAUUCAAUUGAAUAUUAUAAUUGUAUAAAAUCUGAAAUUAAAAGUCCAGAAUAUAAAUGUUUUAAAAGCGAGGGUCAAUCAAGCAUUCCUUAUUUUGCUGCUGGAGGUAUUUUAGUUGUAAUAGUCUUACUUUUGAGUUCAGCAUCUAGAAUGGGGAAAAGUAAUGAAGAAUAUGAUAUAGGAGAAUCUAAUAUAGAAGCAACUUUUGAAGAAAAUAAUUAUUUAAAUAAACUAUCGCGCAUAUUUAAUCAAGAAGUACAAGAGACAAACAUUUCAGAUUAUUCCGAGUACAAUUAUAAUGAAAAGAAUAUGUAUUAA